CUACAUUUCUCACACACUUGCUGCGACUCAUACCUCAACACCCCGUACACGUGCAACUCUCGCUUUGAAUUGGAUCCCAGCUCUUCCACUCUGCCCAAACACGCCGCCCUGCUUCGAUCAGUGCCACACUCCGAGCAACACCACCGCCCUCCACCCCACCAUGGCUUCGCCCGCCAAUCGAAGCAACACCGCCUCGCCUGGCGGCACCUCCAGCGCAGCCCUCAUCCUCGGCAAGCAAUACAAACAAAUGCAAACAGAUAAAGACAUACCCGGCAUAAGCGUUGGCCUCGUAAAUUCCAACAUCUUCGAAUGGGAAGUCAUGCUCAUGCUCUCCGACGAACAAGACUCCCUCUACGGCGGAGGCUGUUUCCGCGCUCGAAUGUCUUUCCCACCCGAUUACCCCCACAAUCCACCGAAACUGAAAUUCGAAACGCCGAUUUUCCAUCCGAACGUCUAUCAGAAUGGGGAGGUCUGUAUCAGUAUCUUGCAUUCGCCGGGAGAGGAUCAGUAUGGAUAUGAGAAUGCGAGUGAGAGGUGGAGUCCUGUACAAACGCCUGAGACGAUUCUGUUGAGCGUUAUCAGUAUGUUGGGGAGUCCGAAUGAUGAGUCGCCGGCGAAUAUUGAGGCGGGGAAGUUGUGGAGGGAGGACCGCAAAGAGUUUAAGAAGAGGGUGAGGAGGUGCGUGAGGGAUAGUAUGGAGAAUGCUUGGGAUUGAGUGGUGCCUCGGUUUUGGGAGAGGGAGACAUGAUUGAAUGAGAGCGUUGGGACACUGAGGCGCUGCGGAGUUUUGUGUUGCAUAGGCAUAGCGAGGAGUUUGGGAUGAACUUGGCAUGAUAUUCGGCGAGAGCUUUGGGAACGGAGAGCAUUUACGAGAGCCAGGAUAUUUGAUGGAUAUGAGAUACGCCUCCAUGAAUGCGAAACGUGCAAGCACGAGGUGCCUCUGCGUUUGAGAAUGCCAGAAACAACGCGACACUCGAGACAGCCGGAGCAGUUGAUCGAGCACCAUGUUGCCACUGCAUUUCAGGAUCAUCAGCAGGCGCGCGAGUAGUGGGUGAAUAUGUUCAAUUAUUGUGCAGAGGUCAAACCUACGAAGGACGCGUGAUAAGUGCAUGAUCCUUUGAUCGAUUGAAAGCUAUCGGAGACCAAGCGAGAAGUCAACUGAGCUGCUCAGAUAUCCUGUCCCAGAAUGAUCGAGAAAACGAUCUACAAAUGAUGGACUCUCAUGCUUAAAUACAGCAUGCAGAAGUUCUCAAGAUUCCAGACCAAAAGCCUCGCCAAAGAAAGACUCAAUGAUUGUUCACCACUAAAUGGAAACCUUGGUCUUCUUGGCAUACCUGGAUGCCUCUGGCCACUUGCAUGUGCCAC